UAUAAACGUAGCUUCUCCUAUGCAGUGGAUAAUACUGAAUAGAUGUUUGAAUUGAAAUGUGGCCUUAAGCCUGUAAUUAUUAACUGAUGUAGUAGUAGGUGGGGUAGUGUGCACUAUAACAUUAUACAGUGUCUGUAAAAAGUAAAUCAUUUGGAAAUACUAUUCCGUUGUACAUCUAGAGACAUGGCCAACACACCUAGAAAACUUCAGCUAAAAUCAGAGGUGGGACUAAUGGGAGGAGUCUCCCUCAUCGCAGGGGUCAUGAUCGGCUCAGGGAUCUUCAUGUCCCCACAGACUGUGCUGCGGAACAUCGGGAGUCCUGGAGCUAGCUUGGUGAUCUGGACUGCUGGUGGCGUGUUGUCAAUGCUGGGAGCACUGAGCUAUGCCGAACUGGGAACAGUGAUCUGUGAAUCUGGAGGUGAAUACAUCUACAUUCUACGCACUUCUGGCAACCUGAUGGCCUUUAUUUUUGCCUUCACAUCCCUCUUGGUUGUGAGGCCAAGCAGCAUGUGCGGACUGGCGUUUAGCUUCGCCCACAACGCUGUUGCACCAUUUUAUUAUAACUGUGUGCCUCCAACACUGUUAGUGAAGGCUGUAGCUGCUUGUAGCCUCUUCAUCUUGACCAUAGUGAACUGCCUGAAUGUGCGCUCUUCCAUGGAAAAAUUUGUCCAGGUACAUAUGGACCACUUUGCCUGUGUCAAGUUAACCCUUUGCCAGUUGUAG